CAAAAUAGCAUAGAUAACACAGUUCCUCAAGUUUUUGUGAUAAUAUUACGAAAUUUGGUUUUUACCAUGCUGUGAACGGGCAGAUGUCAGAAAUUGCGAUUUUACUGGUGAUUUUGCGUCUCGUUACAAUCCUCACGAUUUGAUGAUUUCAAUUUCAGAUUUUUGACAUGUGGAAAGCACUAUACAUACUAUACAUUAUUAUCUAGGUCAAAUAGAAAUCAACAUUUAUUGCCCUUCAGUCGGUUUGGCGAAUAAAGAGCUUUCUUAUAAUAUAUGCAACAAUUUCAUCAGCAAAAUCAAGAAAAACAAAGAAACUUCACAACACAAUAAAAUGCCUAGCAAAAAAAGGAAGUACAACGCUAGAUUUCCAGCUGGAAGGAUUAAAAAAAUUAUGAGAAUUGAUGAUGAAAUUGGUAAAGUUGCAUUACCAGUUCCAGUUAUGAUUUCUCGAGCAUUGGAACUGUUUGUUUCGUCCCUUUUAGUCAAAGCCGGUGAUGUCACGGUGCAAAAAAGUGCAAGGACUCUUACUCUUGCCCACUUAAAACAAUGUAUUUAUUCUGAUAGCCGCCUUGAUUUUCUUAAAGAACUGGUGAAAAGUACACCUGACCAUUCUGAAGAGUGUAAUGAUGUUGCAGAUCCAGCCGUCAUACAAAAUAAUCAAGUCAGCAAUAAUGAUAGUGAUGAAGAAACAUCAUCAAAAACGAUCGAAUGGCACCUGUUAAGCGGGUGUGCGUGCCGGUUGACCGCUGCCGAGUUCGGAUGGCUGGUCGAGUUUCCUACGGAAGUGAACGCGUUGCCGGUCGACACGAUCGUACACUUGAGCGCGUUGCGUCUGCUAUUAUCCACCCGUCGCCACCGCAGACAGCACCAAUCGAUUGCAGACUCAGACUAUUGUCCAACCUUAGAGCGAGCUUGUUCUGCGACAUUGUCCAGCACAAUGUGGUUUAACCAAUUGCUGACAAUGUUGGCAUCUGUGGACGACCACGUUAGGUAUGUUGCCACAUGCGUGGCCACCGAGGCAGCACUAGGCUGCGCCGACGCCGAAGGUGAUUCGCUGGCAAACCUGAUUAACGGGUUGUUACUAUCGAUUACGACGACUGCGGGACGGUCGCGUACAGCAGCUGUAAACGUCCUAACACGCGUGCUAAACGUUACGUGCAACUACCGCCAGAUCUUAACUGUUAAAACAUUGUGUUGCCACGAUGAUGAUAAGACAGGACGUUUUACUGAUGUUAAGAUUGGCUGUGACACAAAGACGCUAUUGCUGGAUCAAUUGAAUGGUCGGUGGUUGGAUGUUGUUCGCGCCACAUUGCGUGAAAAUGGAACAGUGGUGGCCACCGAUUUCAACAACGGUCUUGCUGAUAUCGUCGGUUUAUGGACCUCUGUGUUUCGAGCGUCCCGAUCCGCCGGUUCAACGUGCCAGAACCGUGACCAGUUCUAUUCGGAGCUGCCUAGCCUAGAGUGGCUGUUGUACCGGACGGACGCAGAACCGCUGAUGUGGCUUAGCACGGUCCGUCUGUUCAGUGUUAGUCUGCAGAGAUGCGCGGAUCAGUUAAAUAACGACUGGUGGACGGCCGGAAAAGUGACCGUGGCCGGGUGUAUACUGACCGGCUUCACCCGUAGGCGGCUUUUAUACUUCAUGAGAAAAAUGGCGAGCGGUUUCGGUCCGGAAAACGACCGGAAAAGGGUUGUGUUGCAGGAAACGGUGCUGCUGGCUAUGCGGUCGUUGCGUGCAUUUGUCUGUGGCAACAAUCAGCUUCUCGGUUCCGACAAUGAUGGAUACUCCGCUGUGGUAGCAAUGAUUAGAGACGUUGUCGACUGUUUGGACUCAUACGUCAAAGCCAACUUGCUGUACACGACUGAUGUUGGGUUCUGCCGAUGGACAGUCCGCUUGAUGUGCGACCGUGACGACGCCACUAUCGAGUGUUUGACGUGUGCGCUGGACGUCGCGGAUGCUGUACCCGCUUUCCGACAAAUGCUUGACCCGUUCGCCGGCUUCGCUGAGAUGCUGGAGUGCGUAUCGUACGAACCGGACGUGUUGUUAGACUAUCUCAUUUCCAAUGAGAGUGACUUCCUGCCUUACGCUCUUCGCGUGCUAAAGGCUGCCUGCCUGGACGCCCGGUGUUUCUUCCAGAGCUGCGGUCCUGGUUUGGACGACGCUAUGGGGCUGCUGAUCAGACUCCGACUUAAGAUGCUCCGGCUUCAAGAAAACCACGUUUUUCCGUACAAUGUCAUGCCCAUCGCCAAACUGAUACAGCGCUGUGAAGAGCUGUACACCGAAGUUAUCUUGUGACUUAUAAUUUGAAUACGUACAUGGUGUGUUGUGUAGUUUAUGUAAGUACCUCUACCCAUGACGAGAACCGAUUUCCCAACUAAUCCAUAUUUUUGUAAUAUGUGCCAUUUAAGUCUUAAGCCUGGUUCGUUAAUUAUUUAUUUUUGUUGUAUUUGUUUAAUGAAUAAAUUAAUAUCAAAUAAAUAAAUACCUACUAUAUA